AUGUCGGAUAUUAGAUUCAGCAAUCUCACUUGGGAUCACAUUGUAACACUGGAUCGUGUGUUAGAUGAAGAUCCCAUUCAUGGAAGGGGCAAUUUCCCCACACUGGAGGUAAAACCAAAAGAUAUUGUUCAUGUUGUGAAAGACCAACUCAUAAAGCAGGGCAUUAUUGUUAAAGAUACAAGAUUGAAUGGCUCUACAGCAAGUUACAUACUCGCAAGCCAUAAUGGAAUCAGCUAUAAAGAUUUGGACAUUAUUUUUGGUGUUGAUCUACCAAGUGAUCAAGAAUUUCAGGUAGUUAAGGAUGCAGUUUUUAGGGCUGUCUACUGACUUUUACCAAAAGGUGUUAAAAAAGAAAAGAUUACCCUAAAAACCAUGAAAGAUGCCUAUGUGCAAAAAAUGGUAAAAAUUUGCAGUAACAAUGAUCGUUGGAGCCUCAUCUCCCUCAAUAACACUGGGAAGAAUGUAGAACUAAAAUUUGUGAAUUCACUCAGACGACAAUUUGAAUUUAGUGUAGAUUCUUUUCAAAUUUUUUUGGAUUCCAUGUUAGAUUUUUAUAGUGAUCCAAAUGCCAAGCUAACCAAAGAAUCCUGUCCUGUUGUGGUGGCUGAAAGUAUGUACGGAGACUUUCAAGAAGCAAUGAUACAUUUGAAAUACAAGCUAAUAUCUACCAGAAAACCUGAAGAGAUCAGAGGUGGUGCUUUGAAAUACAGCAAUUUGUUGGUUCGUGACUUCAAACCAGCUUCUCAAACAGAAAUUAAGACUUUGGAACGUUACAUGUGUUCUAGAUUUUUCAUUGAUUUUCCUGAUGUAGCAGAACAACAAAAGAAAAUUGAAUCGUACCUCCGGAACCAUUUCAUAGGUGAAGAAAAAAGCAAGUAUGACUACCUUAUGACUUUGCAUGGAGUUGUGAACCAAAGCACUGUCUGCCUCAUGGGAUAUGAACGAAGGCAGACCCUUAAUAUGAUCACCCUUUUGGCUUUGAAAGUACUUGGAGAACAGAAUAUUUUACCCAAUACAGACAAUGUAACUUGCUUUUAUCAACCUGCUCCAUACUUAGUUCUUGAGGGAGGGUACCCUAGUUAUUAUGUAGCAUCUGCCACACUGGUUUAUUUCCAGCCAUGCCAUGCGGUGCCGUUCCCUGUGCAAAAUGGUAUGAUGUAA